UAAUUAAAUUAGAUAUCUCAUUCAGCAACAACAUCCGCUAAGGUUAGCUAGCUCAGCCAGUUAGCAAGCUAUUUGAGGAGGACAGUAACGUUAGCACAGCAAGCAGACAGGCAGGUCUUUGGACCGGCUACUAAAUAAACCUCUUGGGGCUGUACAGGACGUAUUUCACAUCGAAUGUAGAUCUUGUAUGAGUAGCGGAGACAGUAAAACACAGCCAUGCAGACCAUCAAGUGUGUUGUAGUGGGGGACGGAGCUGUGGGUAAAACCUGCCUGCUCAUCUCUUACACCACAAACAAGUUUCCUUCUGAAUAUGUACCUACGGUGUUUGAUAAUUAUGCAGUAACUGUAAUGAUUGGAGGCGAGCCCUACACUCUGGGCUUGUUUGAUACAGCAGGUCAGGAAGACUACGACAGGUUACGACCUCUGAGUUAUCCCCAGACAGAUGUCUUCCUCGUCUGUUUCUCCGUUGUGUCCCCCUCCUCCUUUGAAAACGUCAAAGAAAAGUGGGUUCCAGAGAUCACCCACCACUGUCCAAAGACGCCCUUCCUGCUAGUCGGGACUCAGAUUGACUUGCGGGAUGACCCUUCCACUAUAGAGAAGCUGGCCAAGAACAAGCAAAAGCCAAUCACUCCGGAGACAGCCGAGAAGCUGGCGAGAGAUCUCAAGGCUGUGAAAUAUGUUGAGUGCUCAGCCCUCACGCAGAAAGGCCUAAAGAAUGUGUUUGAUGAGGCGAUAUUGGCUGCAUUGGAGCCCCCAGAGCCCAAGAAGAAACGCAAAUGUGUGCUGCUAUGAGAGGCUCCUACCUUUUCAAAGCACACACACAUAACACAUACAUGAAUCUUAAAAACAUAAAUAUACACAUACACACACAUGCAAAACACACACACACACAAAACACACCCCCUCCCCUGCCAUCACACCCCUCUCCCUGGCUCUGCUGAGGUUGGUUGACAGCAUUGCCCUUCACAGAGAAGACUAGAAAGAAAACAGCCUACACAGUUCCAGAUAAUUCUCGGCAAUAAAAAGAAGCUUCACCCCUAAGUCUGCGUCUGGGACAGAGGACCUAACCUGGCCAAAAGGUUGCUGUGUGUUUUGGGCAGGGUGGUGUAACCUCGGACGUGGACACAUACCAAGCUUACGUACAAGUAGAAUUCAUUCUGUCGAGCUUUUGAUAGAUGAUUUAGAUUCAGACAGUGUUGUGGCCUAAUCAACUUUUAGACGCCCAGCCAAUGGAUAUAAGCCCCAGCCCCUCCCAGCUGCCUGAUUGGUGGCUGCUCAUGCUGCUGGUCCCAUCCUCUCUUGACGAGCACACUCAUCAGCCGAUCCCUACGUUCUUUCUCAGCACUACCACAAGAAAAUGCUAACAAAGUAGGGUUUUGUUUCUGUUUGCCAACACCCUUUUUCUCCUCAAACACAUAAGUCUGAGAUAUUUCUUCCAUGUUCCACACAGACGCGCUCUUAACCACUAAGGAAACUGUGUAGGUCCGACAGAACUCGGUAAUUCAGAGCAAUACGGCUGAAAGUCCACACAGUGGAAACUUAAUUAGUAGAUAUUGCCAUCUAGCAUCGAGUCCUCUUUAGUGUGGACUUCACAGUCCAUUUGGAGUGGGAAUCACUUGAAGAGCUAAAGGCAUCCUGAAGUUAAGGGUCCAGUAGUCGACCGAAAGGAAUUGGCCUUUUAGAUGCAGGGAACUUAAACAGUGUUAGCAGAACAAGCGUUGUGUUCUUUAUGUGUGACCAAGGGGGGGUAAAGCAGGAUACUGUUUUAACAUUGUCAUCACCUUACAGUCAGAACGGGUACAGCAGAGACAUGCGUGUAAAACCAGAGUCUCUGGAGAUCCAUACUCCAUACAUCCAGACGAUGACC